GAUCCUGAAAGAUAGUACUUGGCCUAAAUACUGGACUUUGUGUGUGUGUGUCAAUGAUCUUAUUUAGUUAAAAAUAUGCAAUGACUUAUGAGGAUUGUUCUGGCCUAAUUCUUGAAAAUUUAUUAUCUUUAGCCUUCAAGCGUAGUGCUUUGGUGCCAAGUACCUGUUUGCCCCUAUUUUCAAGACUUUUUAAAGCAGCAGUUAACUUUAUUCCCACAGGUAUGAUGAGUCCUGUCUUUACCAGGGUCACAAAGGGAGACCUGGAAAUCGUUUAUGUUAUUAUUCCUUAUGAAUGUCAUUCUCUAUGGCAGGGGACCCCAACCUCGGGUCAGAUCAGCCAGGGCAUUAGGUGAGCAAUUAAAGUGCACAAUAGAUGUGAUGUAAUGUGCAGAAACCAUCCCCUCCACCCUGGUGGUAAAAUUGCCUCCCACAAAACGGGUCCCUGGUGCCAAAAAGGUUGGUGAUGGCUGCUCUGUGGAACAAGAACUCUUGUUCUGAAGGGUUUCUGCUUUCUGGGUUCCAGCAGCCCUUAUUAGGUGCAGGUGUAAAACUUCAGGCGAGUCUUAGCGUAUGACCUGGCUGUCCUCAGGCCACAGAUCUGCCGUGUGUGUGACCUGUACUCCAGACAUGGCGCGAUAUGUGGAAAGAAGCAAUAUGCCCUAAUAUUCAACAGCUGGGGUUUUGUUGUUGUUGCUGCUGCUGAUUAGGUCAAUGGAGGAAAGCCCAUCCCUGAGGCGCAAGACGGUGAUGCGGGAGAAGGGCCGGCGCCAAGCCGUCCGGGGACCGGCCUUCAUGUUCAACGACCGGGGUACCAGCCUCACUGCGGAGGAGGAGCGCUUCCUCGACGCCGCCGAGUAUGGCAACAUCCCGGUGGUGCGCAAGAUGCUGGAGGAGUCCAAGACGCUGAAUGUCAACUGCGUGGACUACAUGGGCCAGAACGCGCUGCAGCUGGCGGUGGGCAAUGAGCACCUGGAGGUGACCGAGCUGCUGCUCAAGAAGGAGAACUUGGCACGCAUCGGCGACGCCCUGCUGCUCGCCAUCAGCAAGGGCUACGUGCGCAUCGUGGAAGCCAUCCUCAACCACCCCGGGUUCGCGGCCAGCAAGCGCCUAACCCUGAGCCCCUGCGAGCAGGAGCUGCAGGACGACGACUUUUACGCUUACGACGAGGACGGCACACGCUUCUCCCCGGACAUCACCCCCAUCAUCCUGGCGGCGCACUGCCAGAAGUACGAGGUGGUGCAUAUGCUGCUGAUGAAGGGCGCCAGGAUCGAGCGGCCGCAUGACUAUUUCUGCAAGUGCGGGGACUGCACAGAAAAGCAGAGGCACGACUCUUUCAGCCACUCGCGCUCAAGGAUCAAUGCCUACAAGGGGCUGGCCAGUCCGGCUUAUCUGUCCUUGUCUAGCGAGGACCCUGUGCUCACUGCCCUGGAGCUCAGCAACGAGCUGGCCAAGCUGGCCAACAUAGAGAAGGAGUUCAAGAAUGACUAUAGGAAGCUCUCCAUGCAAUGCAAAGACUUCGUGGUGGGUGUGCUGGAUCUUUGCAGAGACUCAGAAGAGGUAGAAGCCAUUCUGAAUGGAGACCUGGAAUCGGCAGAUCCUCUGGAGAUGCACAGGCAUAAAGCUUCACUGAGUCGGGUCAAACUUGCCAUUAAGUAUGAAGUCAAAAAGUUCGUGGCUCACCCCAACUGCCAGCAGCAGCUCUUGACAAUCUGGUACGAGAACCUCUCAGGCCUGCGGGAACAGACGGUAGCUAUCAAGUGUCUGGUGGUGCUGGUCGUGGCCUUGGGCCUUCCGUUUCUUGCCAUCGGCUACUGGAUCGCACCUUGCAGCAGGCUGGGGAAAGUUCUGCGAAGUCCUUUUAUGAAGUUUGUAGCACACGCUGCUUCUUUCAUCAUCUUCCUGGGCCUGCUUGUUUUCAAUGCCUCAGACAGAUUUGAAGGAAUCACCACAUUGCCAAACAUCACUGUUAUCGACUAUCCCAAACAGAUUUUCAGGGUGAAAACCACACAGUUCACUUGGACUGAAAUGCUCAUUAUGGUCUGGGUUCUUGGAAUGAUGUGGUCUGAGUGCAAGGAGCUCUGGCUAGAAGGACCCAGGGAGUACAUUUUGCAGUUGUGGAAUGUUCUAGACUUUGGCAUGCUCUCCAUCUUCAUCGCUGCUUUCACGGCCAGAUUCCUGGCUUUCCUUCAGGCAACGAAGGCACAACAGUAUGUGGACAGUUAUGUUCAAGAGAGUGACCUCAGUGAAGUUACACUACCACCAGAGAUACAGUAUUUCACUUACGCUAGAGAUAAAUGGCUCCCUUCUGACCCUCAGAUCAUAUCUGAAGGCCUCUAUGCCAUAGCUGUUGUGCUCAGCUUUUCUCGAAUCGCCUAUAUCCUCCCGGCGAAUGAGAGCUUCGGCCCCUUGCAGAUCUCUCUGGGAAGGACUGUGAAGGACAUAUUCAAGUUCAUGGUCCUCUUUAUUAUGGUGUUUCUUGCCUUUAUGAUUGGCAUGUUCAUAUUGUAUUCUUACUACCUUGGGGCUAAAGUCAAUGCUGCUUUUACCACUGUAGAAGAAAGUUUCAAGACUUUGUUUUGGUCAAUAUUUGGAUUGUCUGAAGUCACUUCUGUUGUGCUCAAGUAUGAUCACAAAUUCAUAGAGAAUAUAGGAUAUGUUCUGUAUGGAAUAUAUAAUGUAACUAUGGUCGUUGUUUUGCUCAACAUGCUCAUUGCUAUGAUUAAUAGCUCAUAUCAAGAGAUUGAGGAUGACAGUGAUGUAGAAUGGAAGUUUGCUCGCUCGAAACUUUGGUUAUCUUACUUUGAUGAUGGAAAAACAUUACCUCCACCCUUCAGUCUAGUUCCUAGUCCAAAGUCAUUUGUUUAUUUCAUCAUGCGGAUCAUUAACUUUUCCAAAUGCAGAAGGAGAAGACUGCAGAAGGAUAUAGAAAUGGGAAUUGGUAACUCAAAGUCCAGGUUUACAAAGUGCUUUGCUGUACAUUUGAACCUCAUGCAACGCUGUAAGGUAGGUAUUAUUAUUACUCCCAUUUUAUAGAUAAGACAGCUGAAGUCAUUACAACUCACUCAUGCAAGGUCACAGGGGUUCGCCAGUGUGAGGCAUUUAUGCAGUUCCUGUUUUCCAGCAUCAGAGUCUAGCUCUUUCUGCUGGACCUGGCUACCUCCUGCUCAGAAGCUGAGGCUCUGGCUUGGUUUCUGCCCCUCUUCCUCCCAACAGGCCAUGCCUUUGGCUGCAGCUUAGCUGGUCUCUUAAAGGAGUUGGGCUCUAAUUGCCAUUCUGGGUGACUCUUGCUACUGCUGAGAUGGACUUUGUUACUCUGGGAAUUGGACUAUUAUUCUCUGAGGCUUUAUUAUUUGAAAAGGAAGUUGUUCAAGUAUGGGAACUCAACUCUAGCAUGUCACACCUUCAAGUUUUCUUCCUGUAGGCAACUGAUUUCACUAACUUCUGAGUUUCACUGACUUCACUGACUUAAUUCCCAAUACUGUCAUAAUGCAGAAGGGGAGAAACACGAAGAGGCUGAAGAGAGCACAUUCAGAUGGCAUGUGGCCACCUAGACCCCAGUUUGUUUGCUUUAAAGCAGCUUGCUUGCAGGGAUAUGGGGAACAGAUGAUAUUCUCUGUUCAGACUGUCCUCUCCUGCCUACAUGGUACCACUGGCAGGAAGAAUAGCUUUCCUCAGGGCAGUUGCUGGAGACAGAAGGAAGGUUGAGCACAGAUUUCUCAGGAGCCAUGCUGCUUAGCCUCCCCAUCUCCCCAUAGCAGGUUAAAAACUGCCAUUUUGAUUUUAUUUUUAAAGUUGUACGUGGAGCUGCCUUUAUCACUUUAAUCUUAUUAAUCGUCAUAGAUAAUCUCUGUGUCCUGAGUUUAGUUAAAAAAAAAAUUGGAGAAAUUAUGUUUCUGUUUUUCUUUUUUAGAAGAUAGGGAAGAGACUCAAGAAAUCAAUCUUUUACAGCUAACCCCAGUCAACGGUCAGAGACUGACCUCUAGUGGCAAAAUAGGAGAAUUAAUACCAGGGAAGCUCUACCUGUCAACAGAGACUGCCCUCUAGUGGCAAAAUCGGAGAAUUAUCACCAGGGAAGCCCUACUAGUCGACAGAGACUGACCUCUAGCGGCAAAAUAGAAUUAACUUUGUUCCCCGAAGUUUUUUUCCUGCCACUAUUGAAAAGAGGGCAAAAUCAAGAGAACCAUUGCCUAUCAGUGCCAUUUCCUACCCGCCUAGUAUCCCGCCUCUUCCAGAGUUAUGAUGGUGGAAAGGCAGGUGGUGGAGUGAGUACAUAUUUUUGGAUAAAGGUACCUGCCUUUGAAUCACAUCUUAUAGGUAGUAGCAUAUCUGCAAAUAAAAUGCAGGCCCUGUUCAUGUACAUGAAGGGUAGACAGUAAGGAGCUUCUCUUCUUGCUUUCUGUUUCUACCCACUCAAAAGUUAAACCUUGAAAAGAAAAAGAGAAAGGAAAACCAAAUACUUGAGUCCAAUUCUGUUCAAAGUGGUGAACCUGACACAGUCUAAGACCAAGACACUUAGCAAGACAUGUUUUGCUCCUGUUUUGCCAAAUGAUAUAAUCUGAACAUGUAGUGUGUUUCUGUUCAAAUGUAGGAGAGGAACCAGACUCAAGCAGAUGGAGUUGCUUCAUGUAACUUCUUCCCAAAUCCAUGAAGGCAUUUUGACAAAGUAUACAAGGACCCCAGGAACAAUUGUUUAACACCAGCCAACUUAAAAAAAAAUUUUUUUUUCAAGAAAAAAUUUUAAAAAAUAUAUUUUUUCAAUAGUUUUAUUACAGGACAUUCUGCCAACAUUUUGAUAAAUGUGAGCACAUUACUCACAUUAAUUUUUGCCUUUGGAAAUCAACUCAGCUUCCAUAAAACGUCCCUCGGAAAUGUUGACUCCAGAAAUGUUAUCAAGGAGGAUAAAGUAGAUUGUAUUUAUGAUUUCCAAAUAAAUGUAUUCUAAUUUACUAGGUUAAUUGUAUUUUU